UUCUUUUUCUUUUUUACAUAUUCACUAUGGCCACUGUCAAAUACUGCUUAGAAUGCAACAACUUACUAUACCCUCGAGAAGAUAAAGCACAGCGUAAACUAUUGUUUGCGUGUCGUAAUUGUCCAUACCAUGAAGAUGCAGAAACAUCCUGUGUCUAUCGUCAUGAAAUCGUACAUGCACCUUCUGAACAAACCAUGAUGUUGGCUGAUUUGAGUACAGAUCCUACACUUCCUCGCACUAAUAUUCAAUGUGCUCGCUGUGGACAUCCAGAAGCAGUCUUUUUCCAAUCUUCUUCAAGACGUGCUGAUGCAAAAAUGACACUUUUUUAUGUGUGUGGCAAUAAGGGUUGUGGACAUCGUUGGACCGACUAGUAAGCGUAGCGAGUGGAUCGAGUUUAAUCAAACAUUAUUUUUUGUUGGGCUAUUGAAUCUGUAUGAAAAGAAUAAACGAUUGACAUGGAUUUACUUGUAUGGCAGUAGCUUUGAC